AUGGGUGCGAUCCCCGUCAGUUGUGUUGAGGCUGCUAUUAGUAUGAGCAGAACAAUCAUUUUUGGUAAAUGGGAAAACAUCUUAUCCAAUAUCUGUGACUACAAUAAUUUGCUUAAGGAGUUUUAUUGCAAUAUCUUGAACGUGGCAAUGCUGACCAAGUUGCCGCGGCUCAGCCUUCACCGAAUUACAUUCAGGAAUGAAAAAGUUUUGGCCAAUCAAUUUAGUGAUGCUGAACUUGCUGCAACCUCCAAUUUAACAGCGAUAGGCUGUGUUGGUCUAGAGCAGUUUAAGAAGCCAAGACGGAAAUGA